UUCUGAAAUCCAUCACAACAAAGUCUGUUUUACCUAUAUUUGUGUUUCUCCAAAUUUUUUAUUUCAUUUCGAAUACAUAUAUUUCAAAAUUCGUAGUUUAUUGCAAUUUACGUGAGUGUUUAUUUGUCCAAUGUUGGCGUAAGAAAUUAUUAAGGUCCUGUUAUGUUUUUGUACUUCACAAGCAUCGCUUAGCCUACAAUAUUCUGUGAUGAUUGGCCUGUGAAUGUACCAUUAAAAAACAUUGGAUAGUACACAAGACUGGCUUUUAUUUUACCUGACCAAUUAAAGAUGUCUCAAGUGGACCUCGAUGCAAUUCAGACCAAACUUAAAGUCGCUAUCAAAAACCACCAGACUUUGGUAGAGAAACUGAACAGUGAUCCCAAGAAUCAAAUGAUGAGAAAUAAAUUAAGAGAACUGCAAAUGGAAAUAAUGAAUUUGAGUGAAAGACAAAAACAUGUUGUGCAGAAUUUGCGGAAAGAAAUAGUACAGAAGCAACCACAAUCAUUUCCUAUCACAAAACCAGUACCUGGUACACAACAGUAUGUGUCUAUAGCACCACAAAUUCAAACAGUACCAUUAACAUCACAGACUCCAACUUUAUUAACUACUGGUACUCCUGUUAGUUUUGUUACCAUACCAACAGCACAUUUACAGAAAUCAACAACUUUAGCUUUGCCUGUAUCAGCACCCAUGUGUUUGGCGAAUGAUCUUAAAACUAAAUUUCAAGUUGUAGACAAUUCUCUUUUACGCCAUGUCAGUGCUAAUAAUAAUAAUGUGUUGAAUGUUCCUGUAAAUCGUGGCACAUCACCUUUAAUCCGUGUUCCACAAUAUUCUAUUAGUACUACAACUAAACCAUCGAUUUUACAGAGUAGAGGAGGUUCAUGUCUUAACAGACAAGUCAAAAUACAAGAUAACAACUCGCAAUGUCGACCAUCAGACUGUGAUAUAAAAGAUGUAAAGAAAACAGUUGAGAAAAAACAUAUAUCAUCUGAGGAGAAGCAGAAACUUAAGUUUAUGGCAGCUUUAGAUCUUGUCACACCAGAAACAUUAAAAGAAUUACAAUCCAAAAGAACAGAACGAAAGAGACGAUCCACAGCAAAUCCACAAUUUAGCUAUCAUUUUGAACCAGAGAAGAAACACAGACUGGCUGGUUAUAUGUUAAAUAAUUUACAACCAGGUGUAAAAAGAGGAAGAGGUCGUCCACCAAAACAUGGUCCAUCACCAAAUAACAGUCGACCUAGCACACCAAAUACACCAACAGUACAGAAAGUUUUUAAAAGUGAUUAUUUACCAGGAGUUAUUGAGAGUGAAGAAACUGAAUAUUUAUGUGCUGUAUGUGGUAGAGAUGGUCAAGUUUUAUUGUGUAAUAGUUGUUAUAAAGUCUUCCAUAUGGCGUGCCUUGAUCCUCCAUUAACAUCUGUACCAACAGGUUACUGGUGCUGUUCACCUUGUCAGACAAAUGGUAAUAGUUUAACAUGGAAUGGUGCCGAAUCAAUGGCUGUAGUAAACUCUUACAUUGCUACAAAAACAGUUAAAGAAGAUGAGAAAAGAAAAUUACAGAAAAAGAGUACUGAGUUAAUAAGUGAAAAAUCAUCUUUAGAAGCUCGCUCCAAAGAAUUGACUGAAAAUUUGACGGAAAAAAUGAAAUGCAACAAGGAAUUAGCAGAGAGUAAUAAACAAACAAAACAAAAUGUGGACAAUUUGAACAAAUUUAUCAAGUCUUUUCAAACAGCGUGAAAUUUUAAUGUGUACUAAUAUUCAUAUAUAAAGAAGAGAAUUGUUUGUUUGAAUCUGAAUAUAGAAUUCUACUGGCUGUAAGUGUUAUUUUAAUUUAAAAUGUGGUUGGUUUUUUUUCUAAAGACGUGAAAAAAGUGUGAUAAAAAAAAUUGUGAAUGUGUCCAAGUAUGUACGACUAGUGUUCUGUGCUACAGAUGAAAAGAACUAUGACCUCUUCAACCUCUUCAACUGCCAACAAUUCUAUAAAAAGGUUUAUAAUGUGCAAGCUUGUUGUAAUUAUUUGUAUAAAAGAUUAUAGAUAUAUUUAUUAUUCCUAGGAUUCUUAAUAUUGUUAAUUGCCUUAUUAUUAUUAUAACGAUAUGUUAUAAAUUGAUGGUUAUUUGCCCUUGUUCUCUACAAGCUGUGACUCAAAAAUAGCAAGUCAAACAAAACCUCUUGGUGUUUAAUACCUGUCAAAUUAUUACAAAUACAAUUCUCACCAUUUUAUUAACCUAUUUGAUUAAAUGAAAUGAAAUCGGGUUUAAUGUUCUGCUGCGACUGGGCUAAUGAAGACGGGCAUAUGCUUACAGUGUGCUAUGAGGGAAAUUUUGUUCAUACAGCAGUGCUAUGGCCUACUCUUAUAUUGAAUUCCAACUGUCAAGGGAUUUUUACGUGCAUGCCAAUGUGUACACAGGACCUCAGUUUUUUGGCCCCAUCCAAACAACUAGACAUCUGUCCUUGUCAGGCCCUCCAUCCUGCACCACUGACAAGGAGAAACCACGCUGGAUAUUUGAUUAAAAUUAGAGCUUUAUUGAUGUAACAAUCAAAAUACCAUCAAUAGCUGCAGCCGAAACUGCGAUUUUUAUUUUUAUACGCCCACAUUAAAAUGUGUUUGUAUAUACUAUAUUGUUGUCACCCCUGUCUGUCUGUACAGUCAAUAAGUUAUUAUCUGAUUGAAAUAAAUCUAUACACAUAUAAUACAGCCAAUGAUUACUUUUAAUUAUCGAUUUAUUUUUGAGUUACAAAAGUCAGAUGGGAAUGCCCGGGCAAAAACCACCUCUCUCAAUGAUCUUGCAAGCAAAUUCCUUAUUAAUUCUCUAUUUUCUUCAAAGUCUAAAUUUUAAUUAGACAAAAUAUGCAGUAUUAAACUUUUGCAACAGAGAACAUGAACAGAUGCUCACAUUUUUUGUAUGUAUAAUAUGUUUUUAGUUGAAAUUGAGUCACAGCUUGAUAAUGAACACUUGAAGGUUGUGACGUGAUAAUGACUUCAGUAAAUUCUAGCUCAAUCCAUCUUGAACCAAAAACUGAGCUCCCUGUCUAAAUAUUUGUGUAAAACUUGUGUAACGAGAAUGUACUUCUCAAAGUUUAUUACUAAUACUUAUAGUUUAUAUCAUAGUAUUCCUAGAAUAUAUUGAUCAACUUCUAUUAUUUCAUAAAGUGAACACACAUUAACAAUACUGCUACAUCUUCAUCAAACCUAGUAAUUAUAUAUGUACACCUAAUGUAGAUGGGGAAUGAUAUGGAUUAAAUAUUAUUCAAGUGAGAUUUUAAAAGAUUGCUUGUCAGGUUUUGAAAACAAGACAUCUUAAUUUAUUGGGUGAGAUAGGGAAGAAAAUAAAUAUAUGUAGUGUUUCUUCUGAAUUUCCAUUUAUUUUGAGUUUAUGGCCAUUGUUGCAAGGUUAAAACAUUGCAAAUUUCCUCCUUUGUGAAACCAUUGCCUGUUUGUUGAAAUCUUGCAUACAUCUCUUGAGUACUGACAGUGUUAUAAUACUUCAACACUGCUAUUCUCUCCCUUCUCAAAAAACUCCAAUUACCUCUACAACUAAUACAUGGGUUGUCAAAUGAGAAAAUUGUUGUUAGAUCUCAUUAAUACUUUGAUAGCUGUAUAAAAUAUUAAGCAAAAUGUAUAUUUAAUUUAAAUGAAGCAGAUAUUUUAUUGAGUGUGAGAUCUCUAUCAUGUGUGCCUUGCUAAAUUAUAUAAAUAAGAAUUCAAUAAACUGCAAAAGAACACAAUCUGAAGUAAUAUUUGUUAUCAGUUCAUUAUACGAAUGUCGCUUACAGCACAAUAAAUGCAACAGUAGAAUUUACUGUUUAUUUAUUACUGAAUGAAUAAGAUAAUGCAUUUAUUUAUUUGCAAGAUUUUGACAUCUUUUUUAGUGGACUUCACUUUAUAUUUAUUUAUUCGUCAUUCAGCUUUCAAAAUUAUAUUCAUAUCAUAAAGCAUUUUUUCAUGAAAAUCGAAAGAUUAUACAUCUAGUGAUUGCCAAAGAAUUGUACAUUUGCCUUAUUUUAUCUCAACGCAGAAUCAAAUUUUUAGCCUUGUGCGAUUGUCUUAUAUAGUGGGACAACAUUUUUUUUUUAGUGGCAUUUAGCUAUUAGAAACAUUACAGAACUAACACAGUUAUAUAGAACAACAAUCACUGGUUUAUUAUACACAAGCAUGACGUUUUGAUAAGUAUUCUCUUAUGGUUAUCAAGCACAAUGACAUCAUUUAGUGUGUGAAAAAGCUUUAUCUAACAUCUAUUCCCACUGAAGUGAUAAUUUACUUAUUAAUUUAAUGUUCACACUUCGUUUUAUCCCCCAAGGAGGUUAUUUUAGUGUAAUUAUGCCUUGUUGUCUCUUGUUAUUAUGGUUUCAUAUGAACCUAAUCCUUUUUAAUCAUGUGUCUUUCUAAAUUCUUAGUUGUUUAUACACUUCUUAAAUAUGUAACUCUUCUAAUCAUAAUGUACUACAUAUUAUAAUUAAUGGCUUCAGGUUAAUCUAUAUCCUUGUCAUAUAAGUUCAUUGUUGUUAAAUAUGAUUGUUUAAUGUAUGUACCCCUCUAAUCACUUCACACAUUAAUUAAGUAUGGCUUCACACUGUACAUUCAUAUAUAUCUAUAUAUAUAUAUAUACACACCUUCCAGUUUAAUAAACAACAAACAACAACUGCCUUGUCUGUUAUAUCACUUCUGUGGAAGAGGAGGGUUAAAUAAAGCUAUUUCACACACAUACCAAAUGUCAUUGUGCUUGAUAACGAUAAGAGAAUACUUAUCGAAACGUCAUGCUUGUGUAUAAUAAACCUGUGAUUGUUGUCCCUUACAACUGUGUUAGUUCUGUAGAUAUGACAUGGUAUUAUCAAAAUGAAACAUGGUCUAGUUUAAGCUUAAUUUACACAGACAAUUUUUUUCUAUGACAAACAAAAAGAUUCUUUAAAAGAACAUGUCUAUGUAAAUUUAGUUUUAUGUAUUAUGAAACCAUUACAUCAUCAUCAUCUAAAAUGCAUGUGUUAAUAUGAUCCUUUUGUGCUUCUUUUUUUAUUAUGUAUAUUGUUAAUAUGUCAAUGUUAAGUAUGGAUAUUUUUGUUUGUUUGUUUAUUGUUUAUCUUAGACCCAAUGUAAAUGUUUACUGUCAGAUAUUUGUUGGGACAAAUGGUUAUAAUAAUAGGUACAAAAAGUACCUUGAUUCAAAGGGAAAAAAUAUCAGUGAUUCUUUGGAAAAUCGUCAUAAAAUAUUUGGGCAAAAUUUUGCAGCCCUUCAUAUAUUUUUUUUUAAGGUAAAAUUGCUCGAUAUGUUGUAUUAAAUGUUAUUUGAACUGGAAUGUUUUACAUUCAUUCUUUGAUGAAUUUAUCUUUCUAUUUUUACCCAUUAAAAUUCAAUAAAUUGUUUUAUUUACAAUUAAUGAUUUCUUUUAAAACCAUGGUCACGAUUCAACAAAAGCUAUUGAGAUAUAUUUGCAGAAAGACAAUUAUGAUUAUAGACAAUAAUGGAGUAAAAGGCAUCUAGGGUAUAGAUUAAAUUUAAAAAGCUGUGUCCCAUGCUCAUUGGCAUUAAAACUGCAUUGCAUUAAUGUUACAUUGUACCUUACAUUAUUCAUUGAAAACCAUUACUGAUUGUAUAUGCAUUGAAAGAAAAGAAUUUAACCUUAUUACAAUGAUAUAUUUAAAGUUAAAAGAGCUAAACUUGUAACUCAUCAUUUCAUGUAUCUUUAAUAUUCGAAAUUAAAAACAUGAAUUGGAAUUUAAUUUUGGUCCAUUUCAAUCAAUAUUGAUGUUUUUAACUUGCUGUGAAAAUAUGGGAUCCUUCUAUCCAAUAUUUAAGAAAAAUUAACAUUUUAAAAUCUGUCAAAUUGUGUAUUCUAUGGUUUCUAUCACACAAGACAAUGCAAAAGACAUUAAGAACGGCAGAUUUAAAAACGAGAAAAUAAUUGUUUAAAAACUGCUCUAGAAUGGACUGUUCAUGAAUUUAACCGAACAUAACUGAUUAGUGAUUAAAAUAUAAUUUUAAAAAAUUGAAUGCAAGUCACUUUAUAUGGCUCUUAUACCCAUUUGCAUCUAUAUUAGGGUUCGAGAAAUAGAGCACAACGCCCUUUUAAUAGGAAGCCAGUGUACUGAGUAUAUAAGCCUUAAAAUGUCUAGACCUCUUUAAAUUCAGAUAAAAAUAAAAUUGGCUAUUAAAUUCAGAUUGGCAUGUUGAAUUACUUUAUUACGGUAACAUUUUUCCUUUGUUAUUGAGAGUUCUUUUGUUAUUUUUUUUUGAUAUAUAGAAUGUGUCAUUGUCAUCCAGACUUGAGUCAAAGUGCUUCUAUUCAUUAUCUUUCAGGAAUACUGCCAUGGACAGUGAAAUGAUAAUUUUUAUCUAUGAUGUAUAAUAUUUAUGUGAAUUAAAUAUUACUUUUAU